AUGAUGGGAUCAAAGAAAAUAUCAAAUCUGAGUGGUGCCAGCACAUCGCAAAGCUACCAAAGAAGAAUAUCACUAGCAGAAAGUGAAAAUAACAUGGACAUGAAAGAAAUAUUGGCAGCAAUGGAAAGAAUGGAGAACAAUCUAGGAGAAAAAAUAACAGCUCUGGAAGGAAAUAUAAGAAUGCUUGACGAGAAGAUGGAAAGUAUGGGGGCGAAAAUAGAAAAGAAUUCCAAAGUGAUAAUGGACCUCUCAACCCAUGUGAACCAACUGACAGUGAAACACCAAAAUUUAGAUCAAACAGUCCAGGAGACCAAAAUAAAAGUACAGAAGCAGGACGAAAGUAUGAAAAAGAGCUUGCAAGAACAAAGAGAAAUGAAAAGACACCAAGAAAAAAUUAAAGAAGAAAUAGAUGAACUGAGGAAGAUACAGGAAGACACUUGGGAUUCCUUGGCCAUCUUACAGAUGAAACAAAAAGAAAUGAUUCUUUGCAUACGCGGUGUCAAGGAAAAUCAAGAUGAAGACAUAUUGACAAAAUUGACAAAGGCAAUAGCAGAAUGGCUGGGGGUUCAAGAACAAGAGAUGAUAUUGGACAUUGAAAAAAAUAUUUAG